UGUCCCGCAUGUCACUCCUGUCCAGACCAGGACGGUCAUUGUGGUCAGUGGCAUUCGACUACAACAGACUGCUGAUACAACGCAUAAUGGAAGUAAAAUUGGCUGUGAAUUCAGGAAUGGCAUCUCCCACCAGCAUGUUAGAGGAGGAGCAGGUGCACUGUUCCAUCUGUCUGGAUGUGUUUACAAACCCCGUCUCCAUACCUUGUGGACACAACUUCUGCAUGGCCUGCAUUGGCAGCUACUGGAAGUCCAGUGCCCUUUACAUGUGUCCGAUGUGCAAAAAGACUUUCUACAAACAGCCAGACAUCAGCAUCAACACAGUGCUCAGGGAAAUCGCUGAGAAGUUUAAGGAAAUGAAAACCAACUCAGUCGCGAACCUUCAGAAGACAAUGCGACCAGACUCAGGACAGAGCCCUGUGGAACUCCCCACAGAAAUGCCUGAACUUAUUCCUCCUAAUGGACCGUGGGCCCAGGUGGUGUCCUGUGAUGUGUGCACUGGCCCUCAGCAACAGGCAGUAAAGUCCUGCUUAGUGUGUUUGACAUCUUACUGUGAGGAGCACUUAAAGACCCACACAUCCCGCUUCACCAAACACAAGUUGAUCGAACCCGUGCAGAACCUGGAGGACCGGAUGUGUAAGAAGCACGAGAGGUUACUGGAGCUGUUCUGUAAGAAGGAUCAGACCAUAGUGUGUGUGCUGUGCACAGAGAUGGACCACAGGGCACAUUACACUGUUCCUGUCGAACGAGAGUGGACUGAGAAAAAGGCUUUGUUGAGAAAAACUGAAGCCGAAGUUCAGCAGAUGAUCCAGGAGCGACUGAAGAAAGUUGCUGUUAUCAAACACUCAAUAGAGUUGAACAAGAGCAGCGCUCAAAGAGAAGUCGAGGACAGCAUGCAGGUGUUUGCGGACCUGAUCCAAGCGGUCCAGAAGGCCCAGGCCGAACUGGUGCAGGACAUCGAGGAGAAACAAAGGAAGACGGAGAGCUGGGCCAAUGGACAAAUACAAGAACUAGAGCAGGAAAUAGAUGUUCUGAAGCUGAGGAACACAGAGUUAGAAUAUCUCUCACACACCGAAGACCACAUUCACUUCCUGCAGAACUUUCCAUCACUAAUGUCUCACCCACACACUAAAGACUGGUCUGAGACCUGUGUGUAUGCAGAUCCAUGUGUGGGCACCACCAGAAGAGCUGUGCUCAAACUAGAGGAGACGCUUACUGAAGAAGUAGAAAAACUUGCAGAAAAAGAGCUGAGGAGGGUUCAGAAGUACUCAGUGGACAUCACGUAUGACCCGGACACGGCGAACCCCUGGCUGCAGCUGUCAGAGGACGGUCAUCAGAUGCGUCAUCUGGGAGCGUGGCAGGACCUGGCUGACACACCGGAGCGCUUCGACACGGUGGUGAUCGCGCUCGGCCGCGAGGGACUGUCCUCAGGACGCCGGUACUGGGAGGUCCAGGUGGGAGAGAAGGACGACUGGUACAUCGGUGUGGCCCGGGCGUCCGUCAACAGAAAAGGCCGUAUUUCGGUGAGCACGGCUCACGGCUACUGGGCUCUAGCCAUGAAGAAAGGCCAGGAAUACCGCGUGUCUUCCUCUCCACCCCUGCUGCUGUCCAUCGAGCCCAAGCUGAAGAGAGUCGGCGUCUAUGUGGACUACGAAGAAGGACAGGUGUCGUUCUACGACGUACACAACAGAAGUCACAUCUACACCUUCAUGGACUCGUUCGGAGAGAAAAUCUUCCCGUUUUUCUACCUCUACUGCUGCGACAAGGCCUCAGAGACCAUGAUGAUCUGUCCUGUUCAGGAGACGUCUCAUACUAAACAGUGCUGAAGUGUGAUUCUACAGUAACACUACCGUUUCUAUACGUGUGCUUAGGAAAUGCUUUCUUUGGCAUUUUGAUAGCUAUUAUAUGUGGCCCUGGAACACAAAAGCAGUCAUUUGUAGCACAGGUGUAUUUGUAGCGAUAGUAUGGGUCAAAAUUAUACAAAGAUCAAGUUCCAUUAAGAUAUUUUAUACAUUUUCCACUUUUACAUAUAUCAAAACUUAAUUUUUGAUCAUUAAUAUUUUUUCCAUUUGGACAGCAUUAAAGGUGAUUUUCUCAGUAUUAAUUUUUUUUGAUGUGUGUAAAUGUAGUGAUGAUGUAGAAAUCCCAGUUUCAAAAAACUGACCCUUAUGUUUUUGUGGUCCUGGGUCACAUACGGACAUUUUUACAAAGAAAAUGUAGCCAGUUUUAUUGCAUGACAACACGAGAGGAAUUCUGACAAACAACCAAAGCAUUUAAAACUGAAAAUGAAAAUACACAUUUGAUAUAAUAUGCAGUGAAAUACAAUUGAAAUGUACAUGUUAAUCAGUGCAAGUGGAUCAGUCCACUUUUUAUAUACUUUAGACAUUAUAUUAGGUGACCUUAUUAAUACUGUGUACUUACAUCAAAAAAUAAGUGCAAUGUACUACUGUGCUUAUUAUUAUGUUCUAAAACACCUUUGCUGCUCUGGAGGAGGAUACGGGUAAGUUUAGGGACAGGUUUGGUGGUAUGGGUAGGUUAAGGUUAAGGGUGGGUUAAGGUGUAAAGGAUGGAUCAAUAGUGAAAUUACAAAUGUAAGCACAGAAAUAAAUUACAGAUGUAAUUACAUAGAAGUAUUUUUUUAUAAAACAUAUAAUUGAUUGAUUUGAUUAAUUUAACAUGUACAAUAAAUGAUAAAUUUAAAUGCAAGAACAUAGUUAAGGCCACCUAAUAUAAAGUUUAGGCAUGUACAUGAACAUUGUACUGAAUAACUCAAAAUGGUAAUAAAGUGCAAGCAUGUGUUUAUUACACCUAUUUUCACACGUCAAACUAUUAAAUUACUCCAAUGUAAGCGUCACAGUCAUUUUUGUCUGCGUAUAAUAUCAGAUAAGUCUAACAUUUGGGUAAGAUUUUGGGAACACUGGCCAAGUUUUAAAGAAGAUAUGAAUGAAAUGUGAAGAAUGUGCUUAAAAAAAUAUUCAAUGAAAUUCAAAAUAAUGGACAGUCACUACUGUGUGUGAUAUUUUAACCAAUAGAUGGUACUGUCAUCAAAUAUUUUACUUUCUUGCCGUGAUUUAGACUCAUUUCUUGCCCUACCUUAGCCGCAACUUCAUGAUUUAAUUAUUAUUAUUAAUUCAUUAAUUUAUUUAUUUUAAUAAACAAUGUUUCAAAUACUUGACCAUCAUCCUUAAACACAAGACCGUAAUAUCAUUUUAACAGCUUAUUGUGUUCUAUAUAUUAAUUCUGGGUGAUGUGAUUUUAUGGUAUAUAGUUUAUCAUUAUGGUUGCGGCGACAGACAGGAUUAAAUUUUUCUUCGCUAGCACUGUUGAACACAUUGAUCUGUGAACUUUCGUCCGAGUGAAAAGUGAAUGUUUUUAUGAUAAUGUUGUAAAAUCUCACCUGAUCUGACCCUGACACACGUUCUACCCAGAAUCCAUCUUUCUGCUCCGGCGGGUGCCACAGAAUAACUCUGUGAGGAGCGUCAAGGCCGGGCUGACUCACCAGCAAGUCGAGUGCUGACGUUUCAAAUGCUUUCAUCUCAUGAACAAUUGUCAUUUUUUCCCCUCAGAGUUUCGUCAGACCUGACAGAUAUUAAACUCAAGCCCUCGAGAGUGACUAAUGCGAGCAGUUAGAAAUAAAAGUAAUUGUUUUUUUCUGAGAACGCUCAGUCUCUGAAACAAGCGAAAACUUCCAGUAGAUAAGCAUUCACUCGUCUGUGAUUUACAUGAUUUACAUACAACAAUAAAAACAACGCUGAAGAUC